AUGCAAGUCGCCACGCAUUGCGGUGCAGUGCGGUUCACAUGCCACCGGCUCACAUGCCGUCACGCGGAGCCGACGCUAGCGUCGCUUCCCUGGAGCCAGAAUAGAAGCCGAAACCCUAGAAUUAGUCGCUUCCGGAUCACUCGCGCUCGAAGCUAUCAAUCGCCUACACGUGUCCCUUCGCGACUCUUCAGCGACGGGCGACUUCCCUUUCGUCUCGAAGUCGUCAAUGUCGUCCCCAUCGCCGCCGUCGUUGAGCGUUGCAUAAGCGAUGUCGCAAGGCGACGAACGAUUCACAGAACCGCCGUGCACGCCGCAACUGAUGCGCGUGUCGCCGCUACUACCCGUGUCACCCCCCAUGCCGCCUUUACGGGUGCCACCGCCACGCGUGGCGCCGCUGUAGCGCGCAUCGACUCUUUCUGCUUCCCCCUCCCACUCUCGCCGUCACUUUUCGUCCAUCGUCAUGCCGCGCCUCCUCUCCGUGCCACUGAAUCCGCCGCUAUUUCCGCCGUUGAAGGCUCCAGCAACGCAGACGGAACAGUUGCUUCCUCCCCGCCUUCCCCCUCACCCUCCCCCGCAUCCUCCCCCUCAUCCUCCGCCGACGCUUCCGACUCUUCCGCGUCUUCCGCCGCCCCGGCUUCCGAGCCUCCCCAGAGCAAGCGACAGUUCGCCAUCGGCGCGCUACAGCAGCUGCCUGCCGUGUCGCCCGCUGCGGAGAUUAUCGGCACGGCGCUUCGACGCGCCAAGCACGUACGCGCGAGCAGAGGCAUCAUGAAUGCAGCGAAGAGGGAGAGAAGCAAAGGAGCCCAACAACUGGACUGCCUUACCAAGGAGAUCAGCGGUCCUCUGGGGCGCUACGUGCGCCUCUUCCCCCGCCGCUCCCACCUGCACCCCUUUGAGCGCUGCCUGGUGGAGCUCACCCUUGGAGAAGGGGUGUACGAGGAGGUGCUCUCUCGAGUGGACGCCCUGCGCAAGAGGGUGCUGGACGUGGGCAAGAAUGCUGCCAGCCUUGUCAACAAGACGAGCACCGUGAAGGAGGCGGAGCAGGCCACUGCACAGGGCAUGGCACAGGUGGAGGAGCUGUACACGCGCAACAGCCAUGUGGUGGAGCGACUCAAAGAGAUCACCAAGAGGCUCCGAGCCAUACCGGUGGUGCGGCCGGACCUGCCAACACUGUGCCUGGUGGGGGCGCCCAACGUGGGCAAGUCAUCCCUCGUGCGCGCCAUCUCCACUGGCAAGCCUGAGGUGUGCAACUACCCAUUCACCACGCGGGGCAUCAGCAUGGGGCACUUCUAUGUGGAUGGCCAGAAGCACCAGGUCACAGACACACCAGGCUUGCUCUCCCGCCCUGAUGAGCAGCGCAACAGCAUAGAGCUUCUCACCAUAGCAGCUAUCACCCAUCUGCCCACUGCUUUGCUUUUCGUUCAUGACCCCUCGGAGGAGUGCGGUGUCAACCGGUUGAAGCAGUAUCAAUUGUACAGCGAGAUAAAGACAAGAUUUGCCGACCGCGUGUGGAUCGACGUGAUAUCCAAGUGCGACCUGCCUGCUGCUGCUCCCACGGAGGAGCCUCCAGGCGGCCAAUCAGAGGAAGCGGAUGGGGAUAGAAGAAGUGGUUCGGACAGGAGGGAUACCGCUGCGGUGCUGCUGGGUGAAGCCGAGGCAGUGCGGGAAGCACAUGGGGAGGAGAUCGCAGAAGUGGCAGUGAGAGCAGCAAGCGUGGCGGUGGCGUGGGAGGCGUACAAGGCUCACGGUGGACCGGCUGCUUCCCUGCGAGUGUCAACCGUGGCGGAUGUUGGUGUGGAGGAGUUGUUGCACGCCAUACAGGCCAUGCUGUGUGCACCCUCCCUUGCAUCUGCUCACUCAUCCCCGCCUGCACUGCUCCUCACCCCUCCCACUGCCACACCUUCCCAAGCCCUGCCGCCAACUCAACCUAAGGAUACAGAAGGUUCCGCGAACCUUCAUGAAGAUGCUACAGGGCAAAGUGCCAAGCACAGUUUGAAGGCAUUGGAGGGAGAAAAUCAUACUGGCGGGUCGAGCAAAGCAGGGAAGAAGGGCAAAGGCAAUGACUUUUACUACCCCCCACUGCCCUCUCACAUGAUGAAAGGUGCAUGA